AUGAAGCUCAAGGGGAUGCAUCACCCACAGAAACAAAAGCUCGUGGGGGUCCGGACCAUACAGGAUCUGAACCUUAUACCUCAGGUUCUGGACAAGGCCCGAUUGAAAAAGUGCUCACACCUCAGCCAAAUACUGGAGAGGCUGGUUUACACGGGUGAGAGACCGCACCUGCUCAUCGGCCAGGGCAAUUGGUCGGUGAUCAAUAGACGAGCCACCAAGAAAGGAAAGAAGGGCCAACCUGUCGCCUCUUUGACCCAGUUAGCAUGGGUCUUAGACGGCUCGGAUAACAGAGAGUCGCCAACCGAGAAAACCACGAUGUGCGCACACCUGAUAGCUCCGGAGGAGAAUUUGGAUCGGCUCAUAAAAGAGCAUUUCGACAUUGAUUUGCUGGGGGUACAACCGCGUCGACCGAGAACCGAAAGCGAGGGCAAGGCCCUAAAGACCUUGGAAAGUACCACCAGACGAAUGGAGGACGGCCGCUUCGAGACCGGUCUCUUGUGGCGAAACAAGGACGAGCCAACUCCGGACAACUUGAAGUCCCGGACCGUAGACCCCCGACCGCAACAAAACUGA